AUGCAAAUGAUAUUUGUUACUCAUCGUUAUGAACAAACUGGUCGAAUACCAUGGAAAAUAAUAUCAAAACGAGAAAAAUUUCUUUAUUUAUUAAAUAUUUUAAUAAGAAUUUUAGUUUUCAUUUUUUCAUUAUAUCUAUUUACUAUAACACUUGAUUUAAUGACAUCAGCAUUUAUAUUAUUAAGUCGUUCAAUAUUUGGACAAAUAUUUCGUAGUCGAAUAUUUUUGAAAAAUCCUAUUAUUAGUCUAAUGUUUGGAAUUAUUAUAACAACUAUUCUACAAGGUUCAUCUACUGUUACAUCAAUUAUUGUUUCAAUGGUUGGUAGUGGAGUUGUUGAUGAUGUUUGUUUAGUUAUUCCAAUGAUUAUGGGUGAGAAUAAGUGA